CGUUGAGUGACGAGCCGAGGGAAUUGAAUCGCUGUAGAAACCCAGCUGAACGGGAAGGACGGCGCUCUCCCGGACUCCCGCCAGUGUUGAGCUAAAGGAAAACGAAAGGCACGGAAAACGCCCCCUCUUCGGUAUUCCCCUGCUACUUCGCAACUCGCCUUUCACUGUCCUGUUGCUGCUCGUAGGAGAACCGUCUCUCCUAGCCUGGGCCGCGUCGCUCAGGCGGGACCAGAUUAUUGGCUGCUUGCAGCUUUUUACUGCAGCACUUCCAAGUAGGAGAUGGCAGAAAUCAGCUCACAAGCAAACAUCAAGGAAAAGAUCAAUGCAGUGCGUUCAAUUGUUCCCAACAAAAGCAACAACGAGAUAGUGCUGGUGUUACAGCAGUUUGAUAACAACGUAAACAAGGCUGUGCAAGCUUUUAUGGAUGGCAGCGCGCUUCAAGUGCUAAAAGAAUGGAAUAUGACUGGCAAAAAGAAGAACAGCAAAAGGAAAAGAAGCAAAUCGAAACAACAUCACCGUAACAAAGAUACAAAAGACAGAGAGGAUGGGGCAGAAAAGGUGUCUCUGGAAUCCCAAGAGUUGAAUGGCUGUCAACUGAAUGGCUGUCCUGGAGAUACUUUCCCUGGCAAAUGCGCCAGUGAAAAAUCAAAAAAUCCUCAUGAAGAAAAUAGCUGGGAAUACAAGGACAGGGCAGAGACAAAACCAGAAGUAGCAGACAAAAAAGAAGAACCCACAAAAGUAUCUAUAGAGGCAGGACGAAAUAGCACAGAGCUUCCUGAUACUUUCCAAUGUUCAUCACAGCUUCAGUGCAAUGUCGGUAGAACAAAAUCAAAAAUACCAGCUACCAGCAUCAAGUCACCUGUCCCUGCAUCUCAUCUUGAAGUGAAAGCAGAAGAUUCAAUCCAAAAAAGAGGUCCAAAUAUUGAGAAAUCUGUUAAAGAUCUUCAGCGCUGCACUGUUUCACUGACUCGAUACCGCAUGAUGGUCAAAGAGGAGGUGGAUAAUUCAAUAAAGAAAAUUAAAGCUGCUUUUUCUGAAUUACAUAGCUGUAUCAUCGACAAGGAGGUGGCUUUAAUGGCAGAAGUCGACAAAGUUAAACAAGAAGCCAUAGAUAUUUUGACUGCGCGUCAGAAAAAAGCUGAAGAAUUGAAGAGACUAACAGAUUUGGCAAGUCAGAUGGCAGAGACUCAGCUGGCUGAAUUGCGGGCUGAAAUUAAGCACUUUGUAAGUGAACGUAAAUACGACGAAGAAUUGGGUAGAUCUGCCCGCUUUUCCUGUGACAUUGAGCAGUUGAAGAUGCAGAUAUUACAGUGCGGAGAAAUUUUCCAUCCAAAAAACAAUUACUCCUCAAGAACACCAUCCAGUACAUUUCUUCAGUCACAAACUUCAAAAUCAGCAACCAAACUACAAAGUACAUAUAACCAAAAAUAUUCUAAUCAGACUCCUGCCAAGACUUCUGAUCAUAAAACAGCAAUAACUAAAGGUUCAAGCCAAGUUAUCCCAGUUACGGAAUCAUCUUCUCAUGUAAUUUCAACAAAUAAACAGAAUGUGCCUUCAGGUCCGAGACGAAGAUUUCAUGCGCAUUACCAUGGCGUUCGAAUCAACAGCUCUCUUAAGCCCCAAAGUCCUGGUGAUGAGCCUGAUCAGAGCAACCCAAAGAGUCACUCCCGACACGAAUACCGACGGCAGCACCAUCAUAGUUUUAGGCCCAAAAACAGAGGUGCGGUGAAAGCUCAAGAGCAACCAACACCCGUAAGAAGCCUAGAAAAGGUAGCAUACCCAGAAAAAACACAUCAAAAGCAUCCUCUUCCAGGCCCCACAGAGCCCAGCCCUUCCUGCAGCAAUAUAGCAAGGGCUUCUCAAUGUAAUUUAUGUCCUCCAAGAAUAGAGACUUCUGGAGACACACCUGUCCUCUCAGUCACAGUGCCAGCUGUGACCUUAGUGGCAUGAAAACAGUAGUUUUCAUCUUAGGUUUUUCACUAAAGGUGCUUCUCCCCUCCCUUGUUGUGUACUCCCCAAAUACCGACAAAAUAGCUUGAGAAAAAUAUUACACUUGUGGUAAACCAAACUUGCUAAAAUCCUCUCAGCUGAAUCUCAUUUUCUACAUGGAAAGCUUUGCUCAGUAUACUCAAGAUUAUUUUUUCAUAAUAAUGCAGCUUUAGCCAGCAGUACUUAAAGAUCUACUAGACUGAUGUUGAAAAAUAAACUGCAAGAGGGUGUCAUUAGAGAUACGUGUUUAUUACUGCCCAAUUUGUUGUCAGUCAUAUUAAAGAGGUAAAAUACUGGCAUCUCUAGCGUUGAACUGUUAUAUAAACUCAUAACAUUUUUCACUCUUUCCAUAUUAGAUGGAAUUCAACAUUUGUACAGAAAAAAUCUCAUAGUUCUUUGUGACCUAAUGUCAUAGCCAGAAAGAUAUUCAAGAUCAAUCCUAAAUAGUAAACAAACUACAUAUCAGUUGUUCUGUGCUGUAAUAUUUGUAAAAGGUCUGUUUUUUCCAUUUGAAAUUUAUAUAACUUACACAGUACAGUUUUCCAAGCUCUUGAGUCCUUUUUUAGUGACUGAUUAUUUUUUGUGGACUAAAAAUUGAAUGUGUUUCAGUCUCAGAUUCUUUUUUUUGGCGGGGGGGAGCUAUUCCUACAUUUAUUUAUUUGAGUUCAAGAGGGUAAACUUAACAUACCCACUAACAGUUUUUACCUACAACAACAACCCUGUGAGGUGGAUUGGGCUGAGGGUGAGUGACAAGUCCAAAGUGACCCAGUAAGCUUUUGUGGCUACCCAUGUUAGUAGUACUAGCAUCUAUUAUGGGCUUAUAACUAAGGACAGUACACUCAAAUUGACCCAGUAAGUGACCCAGUAAGUCACUUUUGACUUACAAUUGACCCAAAGUGACCCAGUAAGCUUUUGUGGCUACCCAUGUUAGUAGUACUAGCAUCUAUUAUGGGCUUAUAACUAAGGACAGUACACUCAAAUUGACCCAGUAAGUGACCCAGUAAGUCACUUUUGACUUACAAUUGACCCAAAGUGACCCAGUAAGCUUUUGUGGCUACCCAUGUUAGUAGUACUAGCAUCUAUUAUGGGCUUAUAACUAAGGACAGUACACUCAAAUUGACCCAGUAAGUGACCCAGUAAGUCACUUUUGACUUACAAUUGACCCAAAGUGACCCAGUAAGCUUUUGUGGCUACCCAUGUUAGUAGUACUAGCAUCUAUUAUGGGCUUAGAACUAAGGACAGUACACUCAAAUUGAUAAAAUAAUAUUUAGUUUAUUAUUGUACCCCACUGCAAUACCACAGCAUUCUCAGCAGUUUAUAGGAGUACAGAAAUAAUUAAAUAAUCCAUGGCCACCAUUAAAAAUAAAGAUACUUAAAAACCAGCAUCCUGUGAUUGUAUUCCAAACGCCCUCUGGAAGAAUGUUUCAGCUAUUUCUGGAAAGCAGUUAAUGUAGGAGCUAACCUAAUCUCUAGAGACCAAUCCAGAGGUCCAGCACUGCCGCUAAGCAGCAGCACCUCUAGCCUUGGCUCUCCUCUCCCCCUGAAAGUAGGGAACUGCCAGCUGCUUUCCUGACAAGAUCAAAUUGGUUGGGACAGAUGUGGUCCUGAUGAUAAAUUGGUGUCAAGCCUUAAAGGGCUUUAUAGGUCAAGAUCAACAAUUUAAAUUCCACCUAGAAGCCCAUGAGAAGCCAGUGCAGCACCCACACCACAGCAGUAAUAUACUCUCACCAGCAUGUGCCAGAUAGCAGACAGGCUAUUACACUCUGGACCAGCUGGAUAUUCUUGAGUCACCGCUGUGUUUAAGGGCAGCCCCAUAUAGAACAUAUGGAGGUAGUCCACCCAGGGGAUGACAAGGACUGAGUCACUGCAGCAAAGUCCUCUCACCCCAGAUAGGGCUGCAGCUAGGGCACAAGCCCUCUGGUCAUGGCUUCCAUCUACUGUUCCAGCUAUGUGUCCAUGAGGACCAUCAAGUUGUGGACCAACUCCUUCACAGGUAAUGCUUCCCCAUCCAGUGCAGCCACCAGAAAUUCCAGUGGAUAAACGUGAUUUAGAGGCCACCCAAGUCCAAAUGACUGGGUGGCUUAUGCUUAAUAAGCAAGAAACAGUAAAAACAUAGGUACAGAUCAUAUGCAUCCAGAAGCUAAACUAUAUAACAAACAUCUUACAGGGAUUCAGUACCACCCUAUCCCAAGGCCUGAGAGAAUAGCCGUGUUUUCAGUGACUUUCUGAACAUCAUCAAGGUAGGAGCCAUACAGAUCUCAAGCGGGGGGAAGGUGAUGUUGGUCCAAAGGGCAGCAGCAAAAUAGAGAAGGCACACUUCCAAGAUUCCAAAAAAUUGUGUUAAUCAAAGAGACCUGGAGGGCACCCACUCUACCGAAUCUAACUGGAUUAGCAGGAACUGGGAGGUAGGCCAUCCCUCAAAUAACCAGGUCCUACGCCACGAAUGGCUUUAUAGGUGGGAACCAGCACCUGGAAUUACACCCAGAAGUACACUGGCAACCAGUGCAGCUUGCAGAGAGUUAUCUCUUUCAUCAAAAGGUAUUUUUCAUCAACAUUAUCCUAAAACAACUGUAUAUGAACAUAUGAAAGAAGUACUAUUUUGACAUUCUGCCAUACAAUUAAUUAAUUAAAGCCACAGGAAUCCCAUUUCUUGAUGAUGGAUGAAAGGCUAACUGACUUAGGUUUGUUAUCCCAUGCUCUGUCACAUUAAAAUAGUUUUCUCAUAUUAACUCUUGCUCUGCCCUCAUCAAAGCAAAAUGCUCCACUGUUUAGGAAAUGAACUUAAGUUUUUAAAUGCUAUAUUGAACCACUGUCUCAUGUACUGUAAUUCCUUCAUCCGGUCCAUCUCUACUACUAUCAUUAGACAGAAACAAUUAAAAUACUCUAAUAAAUUCUGAAUGUGCCAUUGAUAAACUGCAGCAUUAGAUACUUAUCUAGACCCCAAAGGGCCUUUUUCCUGAGAAGACAGAAAUUAAGGGUAAUGGUGUAAUAACACCUACAAAAAAAUCAUAGCCCAAAGAGACUAGCAAUUAAAAAAAAAAAAUUCUUCAGUUUAAUAUAGACUUAUUUUAUUUAAAAAGUUUCAGAUUACUAGUAAAGACAAAAGCUUUGCAAAAUCACUUUUCUUCUAAAAUAUUAUUUAUUCCUAUUGUUAUCAGAGGAUAUUACAAAACAGCUUCAAACAUUAAUUAUUGUCUAUCUUCACUAACCUCACCAUGGAUAUUGUGUUUAAUGGAUUAACAGCAGGGGGAUGGCUUGGGAAGGGGAAAUGAGUAGCAAUGAGAUUUGGCCACUGCCAUACAAGGAGCUUGAGCCAGCUUGAAAACAGCUGAGCUGAUUUAUUUGUCUGAAAUUCGCCUUGCUUCUCAAAUGCUUAUAGCCUUGUGGAACUUGUGGGUAGUCAAUUUCCCGUUUGCAUAGGUGUGCUUCACCAUGCUUUUCAGCUCCUGGGCUCAGCCUUUCAAGGAUAAAGAUGGCUUCAUACUUCUUCAACUCCCUCCUGGGACUUGCUGGACGGAAGGGAGGAAUACGACCAGACAAAUGCACCCAAAAUGAAGUUAGGAUAUUGACUGGAGAGGGGAGCACCAUUUAGUUCUGUUUGGCUAGAUGGAGAUGAAAGGAUUUUGAUGAAUUGGAAAUAAUCGUGGCAUGGAAGUGUCCUAGUGACCUCAACAAAAGAUAUUUUCAAACCUUAAGGGUUUGGAGAAAAAUAUAUUUCUGAUGAUCAUCUGAUCCAGUAUUGUUUUCUGUGUUGGGGCCAGAAGGAUAGAUAGGGAAAUGGAAUGCUUGGGAAGAACAGUGCAAGCUGCAGGGAAACUCAAAAGCAACAUUCCUGGAGAAACUAUGGAAACUUUUCCUGAAAGCUGGAAACAUUAUCAUUGCAAAAAGAGGAAUAGUCCCCAAAGUCAAUUUUAUCAUUAGAUAAAAAUGUUUUCACAGCUGUCUGCAUGCUCAGAGAACCUAUCUUUGUAAGAAUCUCAGCUUUGUAAUAAGAAAGUAUCCCUCAGACCAUAUUAAUACAUGGUUAACAUAUUGGAAAUAUGUGGCCAUACCUAUUAAAAGCAGAACAGCCAGAACAAUGGCAGAAUAAGAAUCCUAGUGUUCAAGAGGAGGAGACUGCUGUUCUCUACAGGCCCAGAACAAAUUGCACAAGUUUUAAAAAUGUUAAAAACCAUGGAACACACACAACCUAGCAUGACUAACGUCCCAUAUUUAAUCUGUAUUACUUGAUUUAGAAUGCACAUUACAAAAAUGAACACUGAUAAACUUCUUAUACCAUCCACCAU